UUUUUCAAACCUGUCACUAGUCAAACGGGUCUGUAUUAUUUCUCAUGCGUGUGCAUGAGAUCAGCUGAGUUUGUGCUCCUCCCACCCGACAGUGAAUCUCACCGGACUGGAGUUCUAGAACACGGAAACAGGGCAGCAGACAUGGCAAUGCUCAAAACAUUCACUGAAACUGAUGUGAACGAUGCUGAAGAUAAUGAAUUCACAUGUCCUGUGUGUUUGGAGAUAUUUAUCAGUCCGAUGACCACACAGUGCGGACAUACAUUCUGCGAGAGCUGUCUCCGGGAGUGCUUGCGGCCUCAGAAACCUGUGUGUGCAGUCUGCAGGUCUGAUCUGCACCAGUGGAAUAAAGCAGAGCGUUUACAAGACUUGAUGCAGAAAUCGGUCGGGAGGUGCAAAGGCUGUACAAAAGAUGUUCUUUUGUCUGACAUGAGAAGCCACACAGGAAUUUGCUCCAAAUAUCAAGACUAUAUCAAGGAUGGUAUGAAGUCCAUUUCAAAGACCCAGCCCUCCAUUGUCAGCUCAGUGCCGAACCGGCACACGUUCACCUGUCCCUUCUGUAAGCAGCAGAACCUGGACCAGGACGGGCUGGUGGAGCACUGCACCUCACGCCACGCACACGACCUGCGCCAAGUGGUGUGCCCGAUCUGUGCCUCCAUGCCCUGGGGUGACCCCAAUUACAAGAGCUCAGACUUCUUUCAGCACCUCAAAAUAAGACAUGCUUUUUCUUACGACACAUUUGUGGAUUAUGCUACAGAUGAGCAAGCCAUGAUCCAGGAGGCUCUACAGCGCUCCAUGCUGGAGAACUGACAUGGACCGCAACCAAAAACUACUGACUGUGCUUAAAGAAUCCACAAACUACAAGGAGAUUCAGGGCUAUUCUGAUGUAUUGUUAUACAUAAACUAAUUUUGGUAAUGCCAAAGUUCCCAUUGGUGUAAUAAACUUAAAAGCAUAUGGAUCAAAUAUAUUCAUAUAGAAGACAUUACGAUAUACAAUUCAUAGCUGUCAAACUAUAUUCUGCCAAUCAAGCUUAUAACAGAUUUGUGUUUAUGUAGUUAAGUUUGUAUAGCAGGUUGUCAGAUUUUGUGGCGCUGGAAUAAAUUUUUUUCUCUUUCCUUUUAUGGGUUAUUUUGAAACCUCAAAAUUGAGGUGAGCUCUUACUGAUAUUGAUCCUGAGAUUGUGAUCUUUGGUUUAUUUUGCAGUUUAACACUUGAGAUAUGUAUUCAAACCAAUAGGGGGCAGUGCUGUAUCAUUAAUCCACUGUAGACAUACAUGGCUCGCUCUGACUUAUGGAAAGGUUUGUACUGAUCUGCCCUUAAAGGGAUAGUUCACCCAAAAUGUUUAAAUUCUGUAGUCGUUCCACACCCAAAUGAAUAUCCAAGUCCUGAACGUGCCGACUUUCAUUGUGAGGACGAAAACAGUUCUUUAAACCGCGGAGAAAGUGUCAUUCAGGUUUGGAGAAAUAUGAAGAUGUGUAAAUGAUGACAGAAUAUUCAUUUUUGAGGACAUUUUUAAGCUCAAAGGUCAUACAUAUAACCCUGUAGAGGCUGUUUGCACUUUUGUCAUGAUUAUAUAGCAGUCACACUGUAGAUAGCAGUUUUAUAAUGUGUACUGUAAUACAUUUAGUCUGUUUGAUAAAUUGAACGGCCUAUAAAGUGGAACUUGUGAAAGUUGUUCGAUGCAGAUACGUCAUAUCCUCCGCUUGCUUUCUUUAUGUGUUUCUUCAUUAUUAUUAGUGCAUAAUUCUACCUAUUUCGUUAACCUGCAAGUUUCUUGGGUGAAUUGCUUGUGUAUAGUUAAUAAACUUUUUUUUUUUU